AUGGCUGCCUCUUCGGAGAGCCACACUGCGUUAAAGGGAGACAACGCGCCCAAAGACAAGCAUGGCCGUCACGAAGAGUCCGUGUCGCAGCCUCGAGAGAUUAUUAAACCGUCCAUCCGGGACCUGACCAAAGAAGUAAGGACGAACAUCCUGUGCACCGUGAAAGGAUGUGGCAAGAUUCUUCCCAACACACCUGCAUUGAACAUGCAUCUUGUAAAGUCUCACAGAGUGAAGGAUGGUAUUAUCAACCCCACUAUCAGAAAGGAAAUGAAGACAUCAAAUAAGCUUUACUGCUGUCCUAUUGAAGGCUGUCCCAGGGGCCCUGGCAGACCCUUCUCCCAGUUUUCCCUUGUAAAACAACACUUUAUGAAAAUGCAUGCAGAGAAGAAACACAAGUGCUCCAAGUGCAACAAUGGCUACAGCACAGAGUGGGACCUCAAGAGGCACACCGAGGACUGUGGAAAGACUUACCAGUGUACAUGUGGAUGCCCCUAUGCCAGCCGAGCUGCACUGCUGUCGCAUAUCUUCAGGACCGGACAUGAGAUUCCUACUGAACACAGAAUUCCACCAGUAAAAAAGCGGAAGAUGGAGAAACUGUCCACAAGUUCUGAAAAGGCUCGGACCAAUGAGUCUGUGAUUGUUUCUUCUACUCAUGAGCUAAUAGAGGAUUCUUCAUCUUCUGACAUUAUCAUUCAUAGCCCAGACUCUGGGAGUCAGACAUCAAGUGGCCACAAGAGCGUCCAGAAACAGCUUUUACCAAAACCAAACAUGGCGUUGGUCAGCGUGCCUGUAAUGCAGCUGGCCCACCUACCUGUUCUCCUUCCCUCUACAGAAACUGGUGCGCUUAGCUCUGUGGUGCUGGCGGUCAACAGCCAAGGCUCUGUUAGCACCCUUCACCUUCUGCCACAGGCCUCAGGAGCUGUGGUACCCCAGCUGGAUCCAAGGAGCCUAGGUUUCCAAGAUAGUAUGCCUACAUCUCGAUCUGGCCUUGGGCCCAUCAGCACAGGGGUGCAGGUUGGACUGGACAGUCUAGUUACAAAUAACUCGGGCAGCAUCUUGGGACCACAGCGAGGAAAAAGCACCUCUACUAACAUUCAGACCGACAAGUCCUACCUUUCAAAAAUGCCUGCAGGGGAAGGGAUCGGAAUGUGUUCUGUUGGAGAGUCCUCUGUGUCAUCCUGCUCUCAGACGGACAUCAGUGUUAGUGCCCAAGUCCUCCUGCCAAUCAGUGUUCAAACACAGACGUUUCACACACGGGUCAGAACCACCUCAACGAUCGGGGCUCAGACAGACAGCCAUUCAUUGAAUCAAACUCUUUGGCCCAGUACUUCCUCAUCUAUGCCACAAAGCAAAACCAGGCAGACACAGACCAACACAAUCUCACAAUCAAAUGAAAAGGCUCAGGAUCAGGUCAUCAUGUGCUCCGACCUUUUUAGCAGUGAUGCCCUUAGUGUCUCAACCCAGACUGCUCUGCACGUUAAUGAGUCUCUGGUAGCUACAGGAAGCAAUUUAUACGAGGACACAAAGGCAGCAGGAGGUAUGUGUUUUGGGGUUCAGACAGAUUUGCUGAACUCCAACAAUGUAUCAGACAACCAAACCCAAACGAUGACCUUGCUGAAAGACCUUGAAAACAUUCUGUCUGACAGCAUGUCAGGCCAUCAGCCUCUGACUGCUGACGGUGCUGGUUGCAGCUCAAACUUGGGUCCUGUUCAGGAGCAACACAGCGCCAUUGAUUUUGACUUUGAAGAGUUUCUCAGUUCUGUGCACAUUCAGACACAGACAGAGGAAAGCGACCUGGAAGGCCUGAAUAGUGACACACCCCUGGAGUCAUUGGACAUCCAGACUCAGACCGAUUUUUUCCUGAUGGAUGAAUUAGAUGAAAACGAUGGACCAAAUCGAACCCAAGCCAGCGAUUUGGAGCUAUUUGAUACUCAGACACAGACUGACCUCAACUUCCUGCUGAGCGCUGGAAGCCACAUGCCACUGAGCAGCAUUCUGCGCCAUUCAAGCUUUUCUAUGAGCACGGAGUCCUCAGACACAGAAACACAGACGGACCUACAUUCAUUUGCUCCAUGCCUUCCUGUUCAAACACCUGUUAAUCAGGGGGAUCCGGGGAGGCUUUUAAACAGCACAGAGACACAAACCAGCCAGGAGGAAGGCUUUGGAAACCUCUUCCUUACAAGCAACGAAACACAAACAGUAAUGAAUGACUUCUUGUCGGCUGACUCGCUGUGGAACAUGGAUUCGCAUUUCAGCUCAGUGGAAACUCAGACAUGCCAGGAGCUUUGUGCAUUUUUUCAACAUCGUGAGAAACCCAAGAGUUGA